AUGCUAACAAGCAUCGACAAUGAACCAUCUAUCAUAGAUUUUGAUAGAUUUUCAAAAUAUAAAAGGCUACAACAUACUGUGGCUUAUGUGCGCCGUUUCAUAAAUAAUUGUAAGCCUAGCCUGCCCAAACUAACUGGCUCGCUAUCGUCACAAGAACUUACAGACUCUUUACAUACUUUAGUUAAAAUUGCACAACAGCAGUCAUUUGCCUCUGAACUUGAAACGAUGCGCAAAGGUCACAGGUUGAGUCCUAGAUCACACGUUAUAACCUUGAACCCAUUUAUUGACUCACAAGGCCUCUUGAGAGUCGGGGGAAGGCUAGAUGCUUCAGAUUGUAGUAAUGAACAGAAGCAUCCCAUGUUGUUACAUGCUAAACACACACUAACCAAACUCAUUUUUACACAUGAACACAUACGUCUCCUACAUGCAGGACCACAGCUAUUGCUAUGCUCAGUGCGGGACUUGAUAUGGCCGGUCGGAGGCAGAAACCUCGCGAGAAGCACGGCCCACAAUUGUGUCACUUGUAAAAGAAUCGCUGGCCAAACUUUAAAAAAUAUAAUGGGCAAUUUACCAGCGCAACGCUUAAAUGCUGAUUUUCCAUUCACGUCAACAGCUGUAGACUUAGCCGGUCCUUAUUUAAUAACAGAUCGCCGUGGGCGUGGAUGUAAAAUCACGAAAUGUUAUCUGUGUCUAUUUAUAUGUUUAAGAUAUAAAUGUGUUCACUUAGAGGCUGUGAGCGACUUGUCUAAAGAUGCAUUUGUGCUAGCACUCCGCAGAUUUAUCGCCAGGCGCGGCAAACCUGCGGAGCUGUUUUGUGAUAAUGGUAGAAAUCUAGUAGCUGCAGCUAAAGAAAUAAACGAUUUCUUUAAAUUGUAUGAAAACGAUAUAUCUGAAUUUGCAGCUGGUCAAGGUAUGAAAUUUAAAUUUGCACCAGCUUAUGCACCUAACUUUAAUGGCUACGCUGAGGCCGGCAUUAAAAGCGCCAAAUUUCACCUCAAACGAAUUUUGGGUAACACACAUCUCACAUUUGAAGAGCUUUCGUCUCUUUUUAGCCAAGUGGAGGCAAUUUUGAACAGUAGGCCUCUCUGCCCACUCUCCUCCUCCCCUAAUGACUUUUACCCCCUUACUCCCGGGCACUUUCUCAUUUGUAGGCCGCUCACGUCGCUGCCGUCGCCGCCCCUGCAGGACCGGAACCCGAACCGCCUGGACCGCUACCUGAGGCUGGAGCAGCUGCGGCAACACUUCUGGAAACGCUGGUCGGCCGAGUUCGUGUCCCUGCAGCAGCAGCGCUACAAGUGGCGCGAGAGGCAGCGCGAUCUACGGCUGGGAGAACUCGUACUCAUCAAGGAGGAAGGCUUGCCGCCGUUGCUAUGGCGCAUGGGCAGAGUCGUCAAACUAUAUAACGGAAGGAUGAAGGAUGGCGUGCCACGCGUUGCAGACAUCAAUACCGCUAGAGGGAUAGUCAAGCGAGCGCUCAACCGAAUGUGCCCGCUGCCUGUACAACAGAGAGAGUCCUGAAAGAUGGAUCUUUCAGCGCCCCGGAGUAUGUUAGCGCUGUGGCAACACCGCUAGUUUUUCUACAACCAAUGAUUGAUGGAGAUGCGGCUCCAAUCUGCCAACAUAGACGACAGAACGGCGGCCAACCAGAGAGCGCGAUGCCAGCGCCGAAGUUUCGCAUAUGAGACGCAUCGACGUGCACCGCGACCCGAGCAUCGACCUCUUGCAUCUUAACCACUGAACUGAACGCGCGUGUCCUAGACAAAGAACCUGUAGUAACUUCUUGUAAUACACCAUUAAAAUAAUGUGCCUGAGCAAAAGCCGCCAUAUUGGGACGCUGUGGGCCUGGAGCCGACGCCGACGCCGACGCAAAUCGCCAACGACCAUCACCGCCAGCCAUCGCCGCCAGAAGUACAGCCCGAAGACCAAAGAGGGACGGCAGCGGCGACUGGGACCGGAUCGGAAUAACGACGAACGACGGCGCCUAGCAACAAGGCGGCAGCGCGUGGCGGCCGGCGAAACGAGGGAAGUGCCGUGAGGGGUGCCCGUUCCUUUCCUGUUUCUUUCCUUGUUUAUUCCUACACCUUUUUCUUUAACUUAACUUAAAUCCCUUGUCCAAAAAUUGCAUCGUAAAUUUAAAAACUUGAACAUUCCUAAACUCAGUGCAUUGACCUUUACUUAA